AUGGAUCCAGACAACAGUUCGGUGCCGGUAUUGACAUCUAUUGGUGAUCUUCUCGGAAUUGGUUUACUUUAUAUCGUCUUUUCAUUCUUGCAUCGUUUCGCUCCCUCAACUGUUCUUUAUCAACGAUAUCAAACGAUGAAUGUAACAGGACAGUGCGGUAUUGAUUUCUGA